AUGCUCGGUCGCGUUCUCACCACCAUCGGUAUGCUCUCGGCCGUCGUCGAAGUCAGGAAUGCCCUGGGAGUGUCCAACCUUGCCAACAACCGGCUCCCCGAGGACCGCCAGAAGCUUGGCCACACCCUGAUGAAGACGUCACUGAUCGUGCAGGUAGUCGUGCUUUUGCUUUUCUGUAUCCUCGCAGGUCUGUUCCAGCAUCGCUGCGCCAAAGGGAAUAUGAAGUCACAGCGCGUCUCCGCUCCGCUCUGGACCCUCUACGCCAGCACACUUCUAAUCCUGGUCCGAUGCAUCUAUCGCAUCAUUGAGCACUUUUGCAUCUCAUCGAUUGACCGAGCGUAUGCCAAGGCAGACGACCUGAGCCCGAUCCUGCGAUAUCAGUGGUUAUUCUAUGUUUUCGAGGCGACCCUAAUGCUCACCAAUACCUUGCUGUGGAACGGGAGGCGCCCAAGACACUACCUGCCCCAGCACCGCAACAUCUACCUUGCCCAGGAUGGAGUAACCGAGCUCGAGGGCCCCGGAUGGAAGGAUAACCGAACGUUUCUAGUCAUGCUUUAG